AUGAAGCUGUUUCAAGUAAUUCUAAUACUUACUUUGUCCUCAGUAUUUGCACUGGGAUCUUCAGUUAAGGAAGUGGUCAAAGGCAUUCAGGCUGACAAUAAUCAGAGUCGUAUUCCCAAAAAUGAUCACUUGUUUUGCGGCGGUUCUAUUAUUGGCGAAACGUGGAUUCUGACAGCAGCACACUGCACAAUUAACGCACCAAAAGUACUGAUUUCGUAUGCUUCACUUAAACAUCUGCAAGGAACUAUAAUUGAGUCCAUCGUCAUAUUUAAUCAUCCGAAAUACAACGAAAUAAGUUAUGAAAAUGAUGCAGCCCUGAUCAACACUCCCCGGAUCCAAUUUACUAGAUUGGUUAAUAAGAUUCCCCUUAUCGAUAGCCAAUCUACGCCGUAUUAUAAGAAAAUGGAAUGGAGCGCUGCCAUUGGUUGGGGCAGCACCAAUACAAAUAGUUCACUGUCCGAAAAUCUGCGAUAUACCUACCUGAGGACUAUCAAUAGUAAAUUUUGCACUGAAAUAAAUGCUAAACUGUGUGCUAAUGCAAUCAUAUGCGCUAGCACUCUAAGAGGCAACUCCAUCUGUCAUGGUGAUUCUGGCGGUCCUCUGGUCACUUCCGAUAAGGCCCGACUUAUUGGUAUUAGCUCCUUUGGCAUUGGCCACUGUGAGAAUCGCCUUCCUGUUGGUUUCACUCAAAUAAUGCAUGUAUGA